AUGAACAAGACGUUCUUCUCGAACUAUCAUAUCGUGUUUCUACCGGCAUCGACGACCACUGCCAUCAACAGACAUGUACUUAUGAAUUCUACGCUCUUGUAUGAAGAAGAGUCCUCCAACCUCUUGCACACUCAUCCCUUUGCUGCCACUGUAAUAUGUCUUCUGGUGGUGUGUAUGAUAAUCAGUACCCUUAUCGGGAACACCAUGGUAUGUUUGGCGGUGGUAUUGGUGAGAAAGCUGAAAGCUCAACCCGCCAACCUGCUUCUGGUGUCGCUGGCGGUGGCCGACUUCAGUGUGGGUUUGUUCGUGAUGCCUGUGGCAUUGGUGGUUAUUUUGGAGAAUAAAUGGAUUCUGGGUGAGUGAAACGGUUAUUAUUCUAUAUGUUUAAUCAUAGACUUGUUCGGAAGUAGAACAACGUUUCUUUAUUUCGGUUUUAAACAAACUCUGUGCAAAUAAACGGUCCCAGCAGGCUUAGGGAGGAUAAUCGUAGACGGGGAGAAUAUCAAAUUUUGCCGUUUUAUUCAAAAAACCGGCACUACGGUUUAAACUUAUUUCCGGCGGGUUGCAGGACCUCGACGUCCGGCACAAAAAAAAAAAACAAAAGAUUAAUUCAAUUACAAGUGCUACUUUGCCAUAAUUAUAUGCAGCUAUUGCUUGAAUCAGAAGAAGCACGUCUUCUGUUUAUUGGGGCGGAAGUUUCUCCAAAAUGGAGUUUAAAUCCGAUUACGAGUUGCCUUUUUCAUAACUUCUAUUUGCAUUUCAGGCAAAACAAUAUGUCUUUUGUGGACAUCCGCCGACCUCAUGUUAUGUUCGGCCUCCAUCCUCAACUUGUGCAUGAUCUGUAUCGAUCGAUACUUUGCAGUUAUCAAAGCCCUCACUUACUCAGCUAAGCGAACCAGAAGUCGAAUACUCUGUUAUAUUGUGGUAGUAUGGGUGUUUGCGCUGCUGGUGAGUACAACUCCACUUAUUGUGUUACCUACAAAUCACGUCGACGACCAAUGUCAGGUAAGAAGGAUUUUAAAUAAAAUAGAAACUUUCUCAUCUGAAAAUCAAUAUAAAAACUUACCUUGAAUAACAAAAAUCUUGAUUUUAGGUAUCCCAACAUCAACUGUAUCAGAUUUAUGCCACUGUGAUAUCCUUCUACGCGCCGUGCCUAAUCAUGGUGAUAUUAUACUGGAGAAUGUGGCAAGCGGCGAAACUUUUGCAGAAAAAAGAUCAAUUAACUAAUAAAUGGUCGGUCACUUCUAAAGCACCACAGGACAAUGGACAUCCUCAACAUUCAGCCCUCAAGAACGGCUUCUCCCCAAAGAAGCACCAUCGGCCGUCCGCCUUGUUGCACGCCGUUCGAGUACCGUUGGUAAGUUAUCAUAGUUUAUAGUAAGAUUAUAUACCAUUUCAAAUUUCGCUUUUAAAAUUUCUAAAUAUUUUUGUCAGAAAACGUUUGAUUUUGUGAACAGAAUCAAUAAGAAAAUUUUUUUUAGUGCAAAUUAUUUUGAAAUCAGACAAAAUUAGCCAAAUUUGUUGCGCCGAGCUGCUCCCGCAACGUGGUUUUCAGUGCAGGCUGCGCUUCAAAUUCUAGCCUUUUUUGGACUACUGAUUUUCAAUCUCUUCUAAAUUAAGUUUUUAAAUUUGUUUUUCCGUGGGAUGUGGAAACUAAUAUUGUUUUAAAUUUAGUAUAAUAUUUGAGCGGAAAUUAAAAUUUUUAUUGCAUCACAAGUAGCAAGACAAACAUUAUUAAAGAGGAUCUUCAGAUGCAUUCCAAUUCCGGGAACCACCAUGAACGGACAGAAGACAAGGCCAGGAAGACUCUGGGGGUGAUAAUGAGUGUCUUCAUCGUCUGCUGGGUACCUUUCUUUAUUUUGGCAUUGCUCAAGUCACAGUACGUUAUGAACGUGCCUAAGUGGUUGGAUUUGUUGGUACUAUGGCUGGGAUAUUCAAAUAGGUACGUUUAAAGUUUUUUGUAAUAAUUUAUGUACAUUUUUUAAAAAAUUAUUAUUUUAUACCUGAAAAUCUAAUUUAUAAAACUUUCUAUACGUAAAACAAAUUAAUAUUCAGCAUGUUGAAUCCUCUCAUCUACUGCAAGUACAACAGAGAGUUCCGGGUACCAUUCAGGGAGAUGUUGUGUUGUCGUUUUAGUACCAUUCAGACUGUGAUGCGGAACGAGAGUUUCCACAGUAAAUUCGGACCUCCAAAGUAAGGUUGAGUCAAAGGUGUUGUUGUCACGGGUUUUUUGUAUUUUAUGUCUUUUGCAAAUAUUACUCAUGCGGUUGUUAAAACAGAUAUGACAAACUUUUAUUUCCCCCUUUUGUUCGGUUUAAUUUGAAUUUUGGUUCAAAAGAUAACGGUGAUACUUUAAGUUCUGAUUCAAGUUGAAUAUGCUUUUGGUUUACUGCUUAAGUGCACUAUUCUUACAACAGUUUAAGUAUACCUUUAGUACUACACUAAGGAAUAUUAUAAUUUUGAGUACCAUAUAAUUCAUUUAAAAUAACACCAACUUUCGAUUAACACUAAAAUUUAGUUUGAGUGAACUGCGUAGCUCGACCGUGACGUGCGCUGUGCCAGCAAUGUCACUGACACCCGGCUUCAACACUCACAACUUUGAGUUGAUUAACAAUAACAACACCACGUUUUCACUUAAUUCUGAUAACAAUGGCCUUGAUUAUUCGAAACGGAUAGCUCAUAUUUAA